UCUCUUUUCACAGAUGCUACUUUUACCGUAGUUAUCUAUGUAAUAGCGUACGAAUCAAAAAUCAAAAGGUCACAUUCGGGAAAAACGCGGUCAUCGAGAGCUUCGUCUACUGGAUAAGUGAUUGACAAGACAUGAGACUACGGGAAGACAUGAGGUACUGGUGCCUUGUGCUGUUCACCUUAUACCUGGCUACUGUGAACGCUGAAGUUCAAUGGCCAGGUGGGACAUACGGUUUACCUAUGCCUACUACAGGCUGUCCGUCAGACGGAGUCACUGAAUGGAAGACAGGUUGGACUUAUCAUGACACAGAGGACGACAAUAAUGAGAACCAGCGGUCAAACAUUUUCCACAUGCCUGGGAACUUUUCAGCGCAUGGUAUUCAGCAGAAAUUCUGCUUGAAAGAAAGUAAUAAUGGAGACAGUGGCAGCGAAAUUUGGCCCGAAGGAAAAUACUGCCUUUAUAAGAAAGGUGUAUGUCCGAACGGACUAAAGGAAGGCUUCAUCCGUUGGGACGACGAACAAUCAGAAAUAGACUUUCAAGACAAACAUUUCGGAGACCUGCCCGAUGGAGUCUACGAGAAAUCCCACACAACAAUAAAAUACUGCUGUAGUACAAAGGGAAACGUCAAUAAUCCAAUUCAACUCCCCGCUCUGAGACCCUUCUAUCUUCUCACCUACGACUCAGCCCAGUGUCAGAAAGUGGCGGGAACCAAAGUUACAAGCGAGUUCAUCAAGUUUGAUGAUGAUGAUCAAGGGAAUACUGAUGCAGCAGAUGGGGCACAUCCUUAUGGACCCAGUGAAGACCCCUUUAACUUAAAGAUUUACUAUUGUUAUUAUGAGCCGGGGCAAGAGAGUGAAGAUGAUUUAGGAACCGGAAAGGAUGUUAAGAGCAAGAUUCCAACAGGCAAGACUUCCAGUUCUGGUUUAGCCGUAGCCAUCGGAUGUGGUGUCGCAGGAGCCAUUGUGGGAACCGCCUCUAUUGCAUUUGCCACGAAAAGAAUCCUUGCGCACAGAGCACGCGCAGCAUAUGACCUCAUUGAUGAUCCACAGCCUGACGGACCAUGAUGACAUGAGAAGUCACCACCCAAAUAGGAAAUCACAAUGUUCAUUCGUCCCUAAACAUUACUUCACCAAAUAGAAGUGAAGAGUUUGUUUGUGGGAAACAAAAUGAAUAAGAGUCACCUGACUUUCUUUCCCUAAAAA